AUGCUAAAAGCCGAUACCAGCACUACUUGCCAGCAAACGACACCCGCAGACGAGUCAUUGGUCAUUCAUGCAGUAGACAAUGGCUUGCAAUAUGACAUUAAGCAGCACAUGUCCACCCCAAGGUAUCCCAAAGACAAUGGGAAGAUUGAUGCAUCCAACAAGAUGAUUCUCGACUACCUCAAGAAAUCCCUCUCCGACAAGAAGGGAAAAUUGCCAGAUGAACUUCCUAAAUGUCUAUGGGCGUUUAAGGGGUGGGGUUCGAAAGUUUCACACAGACCUGCUGAAUAUCUUGCUUUUACUAUAUGUAUCACGGUGGUACAAAUUAUGGCCGUAGCGCAGGAGACAAAUAUAAUGAUUAAUUGCAAUUACAAUCAACCCAAAUGGGGUCAUCUCAAAAAGCUUCACGAGGUUCUUAAAUCAGUUGAGGAGGCUCUCACUUAUGGCGUUACAGAAAAUUAUCAAUAUCCAAACUUUGUUGAUGUUCAAUUAUAUAGCUACAACGGACAAGAUGUAUGCUUCAUGGGUAAUGCCCACGAAUCAUACGAUGCCACCAUUAGUUUUCGAAAUAGGGAGUACUUCAUACCUGCGUGGUCUGUCACCAUUCUUCCUGAUUGCGUUAAACCAGUUUACAACACUGCACACGUUAAUGUUCAAACCUCCAUAAUGGUGAAGGAGCACAACCCUGGAUCUUUUGGACAGGAGGAGCCUUUAGUGUUGGAUUGCCACUGGAAAAAUGAGCAUAUUGAGAACUUUGAGAGAAGUGGUCCUCCUCGGGGAAGAACCCAAUAUGCUCAAAAUGGACAGUACUCCUUCACCUAUGAAAUAAGGAUCAACUUAAGGAAAGGGAAGAAUUAUUUGACUCUAUGCAGUUCCACUGUUGGACUCGCACAUUCUGGUGCAUACUUCGGUAACGUCCCCGUUGGGAUUAAGGGUGUUCAAAUUGUGAAUGGUAGUGAUGGUACGGUGACAAGAGAUUUAAGCACAAACCAAUGGGUGUACAAAGUUGGAUUGCUAGGUGAAACCACAAAACUCUUUGAUGUUUCUAGUCUCUCGGAUGGUCAUAGUUGGCGUACAGAAUUGCUUUCAACUAGUGAACAGUUUAUUUGGUACAAGACAAACUUCAAAACUCCACUCCUUCCGGACCUUGUUGUGGUGGAUUUGAAGGGUAUGGGCAAGGGCCAUGCUUGGGUGAAUGGCUACAGCAUUGGAAGGUUUUGGUCAAGUUACAAGACAGAAUGUGAUGAUACUUCGAGUUGUGACUACCGUGGAGCGUAUGGGGCCGACAAGGGUGCAACUAAUUGCGCAGAAUCCACACAAAAACGGUACCAUAUUCCACGACAAUAUCUCUACGACGAGGAGAAUUAUGGGUGGGCAAACGGGUAG